AUGGAAAGCACGAUCAGUCUUUCUAUCUUUCAGGACCUGGCCGCCCAGAAAUUUCGCUCGAUUCUGGUCAUGGCAGACUCGAGCCCGAAAGGGACUUUGGAUGCAGCUUGGCAGUCGUUGGCGACAAGUUGCCAAAAUUGCCAUCCAUCCAUUGCAAGUACGCCUGAGGUGUGGAGCGCCGUCGUCUAUGCCGGUCGAUGCGCAGCCAGCAUGCCUUUGCAAAAGCUGGCUGACCUGCAGACCUCCACGGCCUCUGUUUCCACGAAGCUGGACGAGGCACAGAAGGUGGCUGACAACUGGGCCAGCAACGUCGCCCAGGGAAGGGAGGCCAGUGCUCGCAAGCUGCCGAAGACGCUGUCCAGAAUCAAGCAGAAGAAACUGGCCGCUCGAGAGCAGCUCCGAUGCGUCUUGCACGUGUUGGACAUCCUGGGUCUCGAAAUGCUGCUGCCAACGACGAGACUUCGCCCCGUCGAUCUGAGUGCAGGCGAACAGAGAGUCGCCAACAAGAACAAGCAGCAUUUCCUUUGGAACCCGCACAAUGGCGAGGCCUCCUGGGAUGCCAUCACGGAGACUUCACGUGAAGACCUGAGGCUGAUCCUUGCCCCAGACGAAGGGAGCAGUUUGUACUGUUCGUUUGCAUGGAUGGCAAGUGCCGGAUUUUCGGUCAUGCUGCUGCGGGACGAAUUGCACAAGUUGUCCAAUCACUACCUACGAGUGAUGCACUGCAACCCAGGUGUUGCCAGAAUGUACAGCUUGACCUCAUGGCUCAUGAAAGCGCGGAAAUGUCCAUGGCAGACGAACAAAGUGGGCAACAGCUGGAAGGAAGGAGAGGGGGAUGGAGAGGGACAGGGACCGGUCAACAGGGCACAGAUGGAUGAUGUCUUGAUGCAACUGUUCGGAAGCAGCAUCCUGCACGAGAGCGGAUACGACUGUUCCGUCGAGAACAUGGAGUCCUUCCAGAUCAUCUGCGAGAUUGUGGACAAAGCCACAAAGCGAAACGGAGCUACGUACUCCCACUCGAGAUGGUGCAGCUGGGGCCAUUGCGCGAAAGCCUUCCGCAAGUACUACAGCUCGACUUUGCUUGCCGUCUUCUGGAGCUGCAUGGAGGAAGGACUGAACCCCUUUGCGAAGUUCCAGCCAGACGAACGUGCGGAAGCAGGUCAGAAGUACCAAAAGGCAUUGGUAGACGAAGAAGCGCAUCUCCUCUUCGAGGGCCUUGCAGCCUCAUCUGACGAACGGUCUGAUGUGAUGUGUGGACUUGCAUCUAAGCAAAGCACGAAAAGCAUGUUGGGAUCCCUCCAAGAGCACACGGCGUUCGCGAAUUCGAGCAGCUUCGACCGACGCUUGGACCGCCUCUUGCAAGAUGCCCUUGGCCCGACAGGGAUGGCCCGUCUCCAGAUGGAUUGCGACGUCGAGCUGCGGGCGAAUGAGCUGGUUCUGACUCGCCGACGGCCCAGUGUGCGACAAGAUCUGCUGAGGGAUUUCCUCGAUGCUGUUCUCAGCUGCAUCUACGAGAUCUCCUGCUACAGGUUGUACCUCUUGUCGGCUCCCGGUUCUUGUGCGGGGCUGUUGGCCCGGGACAGCAGCAGAGUUCGUGACUUGGACAGGACCAAGACGGACAUCCUGCUGUCCUUGAAGAAGGAGUGGAGUGUCGUGCUGGAGCUGGAAAGCAGCUCUGCAGGAGCUGCUUGCCUCGACAAGCUUUGCUCUUACACAAAGUGGCAGUGCUAUCGGGAGCUCCUCGUGGCUCUUCACGAAGCCGACUUCAAGAUGGAUGACACAGCCCGCAGCCUUGUCUCCAGCUGGUUUCCAAUGUUGACACAAUCAGCCAACAUUGAAGAACAGUUUGCCACCAUUCAAGACAGCGUGAAGAGAAGCUGCAAGAACGGCAAAGCCUCUAUGACAGCCCUCAGCAGCAUCGCCGUCAAAGCGGUGUACCACAAGCUGACGGACAAGGAGGAACAGGCGCCCGCCGUCCACCUGGUCGACCGCGAUUGGGAGGGUGCAAGCAUUCGCGGCCAGCAUGUCCAGAUCGACAAGAUCCUUUCCGACUUUGUGUCGACGUCGGCGCACCACCACAACAAAGGGGGCUUGAACCACAUGCAGGCUUUCAUCGAAGCGAAGAAGAACGGCCUGGAGCUGGCUUUGGCAUCCGAGAACUUCUGGGUCGCCGGACUCAUCCAGAAGGGCAUGCUGAUCAGUGUGAACGGCCAGUACUACAUGUCGUUGGGCAACAACCCCGGGGCACUGCGACUGCGAGAGCUGGAGCUGGUUUUCCGAGGGAAGAGGCCGGCCGAGGCCGUGGAUGAAGAGCACGUGGCUGCAAGGCCUCCGGUUUGGGAGAUCGACGAUGUCUUGACGACGGAGAACGACAUUGUCAAAGCUCUUGUUAUUGAUGGCGGAGGGAAGAUUAACAAGCUGCUUUUGAGCUUUACGGAGGUCCAGUGCUUCGAUUUCUCGGUACAUUGCUGCGAUGUCAAACUGGCCACGAAGCUGGGGACUUCCUUGAUUCUGAGAAGGGCCCUGAAAGCCAUGCCCCUCUUGGUCUCGCUGAUCGCGAGCCGUGGGAUCUUGAAGAUUACAUCGGACUGCCUGAGCAGAAUGAUCAACUGCUAUGGCCAGCGGUUGAGGAAGAACGCUUCAAAAUCCGAAAAGAUCCGCACACUGAUGCGGUUGCCUAUCGUGCGCGAAGCCUUGUCAGAGGAGAAUCUGGCGAAGCUCGAACAAAUCCUAUCGGAUUUGGAUGCAAAGAGAAGGCAGAAGUGCUCCGACGCAGAGCAGGACGAGGAAGACGAGGAGGUCUGGGAGAUGAUAGCUGAGCCGGAUGCAGCCUGGGAGGGCGCGGAGCAAAUGCUCGAGCAACUUGCUGCAGAGGAAGCAGCCGCUGAUCAAGCUGCCGGAGCUGAGCAAGACACUGCAGCCCCCGAAGAGGCGUCUGCCCAGCAGGAUCAAGCUCCCCCUGGAGCUGCGGAACGCAGCAGGGCCUCGAGGAGCAUGCUUUCCUGCACAUCGACGGUGCCGGACUUCUUGCUCGAGAAAUGGGGCCCCUUGGAAGGCGUCACGAUCUAUCAUACGGAGCACCGGGAUGCCACACGACCGCUUUUUCAAGCUCGCCUCUGCAGUGGCCAGUACAAGAGCAAGUGCCUUCUUUCAAAGAAUAGUGUGUCGCUGCACGUGUAUGUGUUGUCAGUUCGCUUGAUCUCGCAGGGGGUCAGACAGUUCAUUCCCCGUAUCGUGGACCAACCUAGGGCGUCGACUGCUGCAUCCUACAACCCUGACCUCCCGGUUCACGAGCUGAACGAGUCAGUCAAGGAGGUCAAGCAAAUCAGCCCGGCGCAUCGCUCGAUGAGCCAGGCGUACUUUAUGGUGUGGUGUUGGGCUUCCGAAGCUGUGAAGGGCAAGAGAGCUCGUACCGACUAA